CCUGGCAUCCAGCGGUGCAUGCUGGUACAAUGGUGCAUGUCAGCACAACUCUUCAGCGAAGCAAAGUUUCGACAGGAAAUCAGGCGCAUUUACAGGGACAAUGAGGUCGAAAUGCAAGAGAUAAUUGAAUCAAUUAACAACAGCCUCGCAACGUACUCGCUAGAAUUGCGCAGCAUUAUGGACCAGAUUACGGGUGAGCGCAUGUGGGCAUUGUCAAACACCACCGCGGAUUCCAUCUCCAUUGCGGCCACUCCGUAUUCGUCAAAUGAGCUGCCUAUCCUUAAAUCGCUGGUCGAAGAAAUAUACACAGAGAGGGCAGGUAACUACGCAUUGUCAUUGCAUUCUGCGCUUAAGUAUGCGACGGAAAAGGGCCCCACAGGGUUUACAAAAACCAAUGCCGAGGCCCUGAUUUCAAGGUUUUGUCAGGAUGGCUGGCUCUCGCGUGACAACAGCGGGUAUAUUGUUUUGGGCGCCCGAGCGGCUAUCGAGCUGCGCUCGUUUCUUGCAGAUGGGUUUGGUGAUUACCAGAGGCAGUGCGCCUUGUGCUCGGAGUCUGCCACUAGGGGGAUUGUUUGCCCGGAGUGCUCGGCUGUGGUGCAUCCGUAUUGCGCAGAACGUAUUGCUUCUUCUGUAGACGGAAAUCAGUUGUCGUGCCCUGGCUGCCAUCAGCAAAUGGCGGUUUGGGCCGGAGAAGCUGGUGUCCCGCAUGUGUUUGAGGCGACGCAGGCGGAUUCGGUAAAUUUGACUCAGCAGGGAAGAAAACGUGUCAUGGAAGACUCUGAGGACGAAGACGAUGAGUAAUUAUUAAGGCGCUUUUGCUUUUUACUGUGCGUCGUGGAAAUUUUUGCGACCACGUUUCGACUUUCGCAUUUUUGUGCUGACCAAUAGCAAAUAACAAACAAAAGAAGUAUCACACCGCCCAUUAUUAAGCCAAAAACAGCAUAUGAAAAGGGCCCAAUCUUUUUAUCAGUAUCGGCACGUUUGGUGAAGUGCGACAGUGCCCAAUGUGUAGAGGGUCCGGUUUUGUCUGGAUUUGCGCCUGUGGAGCUCCCAGAGCAGCCAAAAGAAGGCAGUUUAUAACAGCGCACAUGGCUGUUGCAGAUAAAAUUGAAGUUGAUGCAUGGUAGCUAUAAAAACUUAAGGUUAUAAAUGUUACAAAUUAAAUAUGGAUAGAAAAUGAACGGAUGGAUGAAUGAAAAUGUGUAUGAUGUGCAUGUAAAAUAAUAAAUGUACUUAUG